UUUUAAUAACGCUGUACUUGAGCAGAGUGGCUUUACUGCUCCUUAAUACCUGACUGAUAGAAUUAAUACAUAAGACGCACUGCCAAUUUUUGGGAAAAUUUAAUGGAUUUUUAAUGAGCCUUAUAGUCCAGAAAAUACGGUAUACUCAACUCAACUGGUACUUUUAUCUAUAAUAUAUAGUCAAAAACUAGUUAAUAUUAGUAAUCAAUAUAAUUAUAACACAAUAAAGUUAGUGUUGUGCCUGAUUUAACCCACCGACUACUCCUAAAAGGGAUUUUUAGUGCUUUUAUAUAAAUUAAAUCAGAUCAUGGUUGUAGGGGAAUGUCAGGGUUGACCCAGGCAGAGAGACGAGGAGGCGGACGUAUGUGCAGUUAAGGUGAGAAUUUAAUAAACAAAGAGACAAGUACACAAGAAACAAAGAAAACAAGAAACAGAGGCGAGCUAAAACUAACAAACAAAAGAGAUACUAAAGAUAAACAAACGGGAAGACUAUAAAACUAGGCAGGAUAAACUAAAACAGGGCAAGGGAAUAAACUAGGGAAAAUACAGGGAACUAGAAAAUAACAGAAUAAACAGGAAGAUAAAUAUAUACUACAAACAAAUAGGGAGGCUGACAAAAACAAACGAGGAAAACAAUAAGGAACUAAACUAGAUGGAUAAUAACUAACAAACAAAGCGGGAGUAGAUAAACAAAGAAAUAAACUAAUAACUAAAGCUAGACAAUGAACUAAACAGAGCAAGGAUAAUUACAAGGAUUAAACUAAGAUAGACACGGAGAGAAACACUGAGAGAAACACUGAGAGAAACACUGAGAGAAACACUGAGAGAAACACUGAGAGAAACACUGAGAGAAACACUGAGAGGAAAUCUGGGAACACGGGAAGACAAACGACAGGAGACAGUGCAAAGACCGACAGAGGACAAGUAACAGAGGAAGUCUAUUUAACUAAACAGGAAACACACUGGGAGUGGAAACACCUGGGGAAGGGGUGGAGCUACAAAUGAGACAUGAGGUAAUGGAAAAUCACAGGCAGAACACAGGGGCACGGGUCACGUGGGACAACACAGGCACGAGGACAGACAGGAAACAGGGCCAGGCGUGACAGAAACCUCCCCCUAAACGCGCAGCUCCCGAGGCGCGUAAAAACAAACCCCGGGGGCUGGCGGCAGGGAGAGGCCGGGGAAAACAGGAGACCGAACGGGAGACUGGACAGGGAACUGGACAGGAGAUGGAGACUGGACAGGGAACUGGACAGGAGAUGGAGACAGGACAGGGGACAGAGACUGGACAGGGAACGGACACUGGACGGGGAACUGGACAGGUGACGGAGACUGGACGGGGAACUGGACAGGUGACGGAGACUGGACGGGGAACUGGACAGGUGACGGAGACUGGACGGGGAACUGGACAGGUGACGGAGACUGGACAGGUGACGGAGACUGGACAUGAGACAGAGACUGGACGGGACCGGACAUGGGAACAGGGACUAGAACAUUGACGGGGAUGGAAACAAACACAGUAACAGGGACAGGAACAGAGAAACCACCGGGGACAGGAACUGGAACGAUCACAGAUACGGGGACCAGGACAGGGAGAGACAGGGGUACAAAAGACACAGGUGGGUGCCCAGGACUGGUAAAAGUCUGUGGGGACAGCCUGGGCACAUAACUAGGGGCAAAGUCAGGAGGCCUAGGAGCAGGCCUGGAAAUACGGGGCCUGGGCCCAAACAUAGUUCUGGGAGCUGCAGGUGCUUGAGCUGGAGCCGGAGCAGCUGGGACUGCUGGUGCUGGAGCUGGAGCAGCUGGGACUGCU